AUGAUCGCUGUCAUUGUUGUCAUUGCUACUUUCGCUACUCUUUUACCAGGACUCUGGCCGAACCAACUCCACAGGCAAUAUAGUCCAAACUGGGAUAAAAUUGACCAUCAAUCGGGUCACUUUGUUUUAUUUGAUAGCCCCAAUUCUUCCAAGGCCUGCAUUCUCUACGCUCCAAGCGAGGAGCAUGAAUGUUGUGCCCCAGCCUGCAUGGAAAAAUGGUCGACUGAACCUGUCCCAUGGGCAGCGGUUUAUGCUCUUUUUCAGACUUCCUUGCUGGACGCCAAGUUGGCGCCAACCUCGACUGGAGCAGAGGCGAUCGCCUCGAGGUGA